AUGAAUUUUCAACCAGUAGUUAGAAAUUUCAAAUACUUUCUCGGUUUUAUCAUUCUGUUUGUGGCAUUGAUUAGUGAGUGUGGACCGACAAAUAAACAUUUACAGGAAGAUAACGGCCCUGGUUUGAUAUCUGAACAAGGAGAAGGAUCAACAAGAAGUUUAAAAACAAAUCCGGAGCGACAAAAUAAACCUAUUAAUCUUGUUUCUGAAAGUAAAGGUUCCAAAUAUGAUGACUACAGCUCUGAUGAGGAAAAGGCGGAUCACACUCAAUCUAAGUUAAUAGUUCAAAAGUUCGACUUCAUUGUGAGUAUUUUUCCGGAUAAAAAUACUGAAAGCUACAAGAAAUAUGAACAUAAACUUUUAACUGAUAUUUUAACCAAACUUGCGGAUGGUUUUAGUAGAGCAAGCAUUGAUGAAGGAGGCCCUUUUGUAUACUUUAAUAUCAACACAACCUAUGAUAAUUUAGUUGAAUUUAGGAGACAAAUGGUGAAUGCAUUGCUUUACAUUGACGAAAAAAUGAAGGAUGAGUCCUCAUUUUUCUUUAAGGUGUUCAACCAAAUCCUGGAUAAUGUGCCGAUUUUUGAAAUUAUCAAUGAAAUUCAGUCUGAAAAUCAGCAAUUUUACAGUUUGUUCCCUACAAAUUCAGAAGGUUUAGUCUGGGAUCUAAACUUGGAUGACCUUGAAGUAGUAACCGAACCUCCAGAAAGUGCAGAAAAUUUACAACCAUAUAGUGAAGUUGAUCAAUCGUAUACCAAACCCGCUAUAUCAUAUAGUCAAGCUAUUCAAUCUACUACUAUUAACAGCACUAAUGAUAAUAGUAAUGGUAGCAGUGCUACUAUUACGCCUGAUAGUGAUGAAGAUAAUUUUAUGGAUGUUGAAUAUGACAAUAGUGGUAGUCAAAAGGGUAAACAAAUUCCAUUAAAUCAGGGAAUAAAUUUAGGCAGCGAAUUUAACAAAAACGUGCCUAGCACAUCUAAAAAUGAUAGAUACUUGUUAGCAUUUCUUGAAGAUCUUGAAAAUACGUUCAAACCAGGUGAAUUAGGGGAAAAUUUAGGUGAUAAAGGUGAGGGUGAUGUAAAUUACUGGAAUCAGCACUUGUACAGUAAUCCCGAGUUAUUUGAGCCUAAUAAUUAUUACGAAUUGGGCACUGGUUCUGAGGAGAUUAAGAAGUUUCUAACAUUCUUAAAAGAGGGGUUUGUGCCAAGUGUUCAUCCUUUUAGAAGCCCACUAGCCCAGGCGAUGACAGCUGCCAUGAUAAUAAUGCAGGAGACUGGAAUUGUGGACUUUUUGGCGGAACACUUUAAGAUGAAACGUGUGAAGACCAAAUUUUUAUUUAACAUGCUUUUUGAGGAGAAAAGUAAAAAGGAUUUGUACAUUAAGGACGUUAGAAUUUUGGAUAAAAUACAACUGGACACAAUAUAUGAGUAUAAUGGAUUCAAAAACUUGAAAAGAAAUGUACACCCUGAGGUUACUAUAGGAGGUGAAGAGUUAAGAGAUGCAGCAAUUACAUUUUCAAGUAAACUUUUCCCAAAAAUAGAGUUGAGUCCUGAGGAAUGUGCAGCUGAUAACUACAAACAAAAUUGUGUGUUGAAAGAGUUUUUAAGGAAAAGUAGUCUAAUAGAAAGUACAGAUGAAACUGAGUAUUCUGACCUUGAAGAUGUAUUGAAAAGGGGGAAGUUGAUGGUCCUGGUUUAUCCUAAUACAUAUAGUGAGUAUAGUAGUUUUAUUGAUAAAUUCUCCAAAGCUUUUCAUCACCGCGUUCUAACUGUGGCAAUGGAGAUAAUAAGGCGUAGAUACUGCAACUUCGGGUCUGAUGCAAUUGAAAUUGAGUAUGUAACUUCCAAAUCUCCAGUGAAGGAUUUACUGGAUAAAAAGGGCCAUAUGACUGGCAUGAACUUUAUGAUUGAGGAUCCUUACCCAUCAAAGAUACUCUUUGGCACUGAAACGGUUACACUUGGGGUCCCCAUUCUCUCGUACAAUACCUUUAUUGUAGUCCACCGGAAGCACAAGCUUAAAAAUUUGGAAGACUGGUACCGGUACAUCAAUAGAAAAGACCACGAGAAUAAGGUUAUCUUAACCAAUUACUCUGCAGGAAGUCUUUUAUUUUCAAAUGCCCGUCACUUCAAGAUUCUCUCAAUUUCCAUCCAAAAAGCCGUAGUAGUACCAUUCAAGCUUAUGGACGAACACAAACCGGCCGCUGGCGUGUUUUGGGGAAUUUAUCACUGUUCAAUGGGCAAUCCCAACUAUGUGUGUAUACACCUUCCUUACAACAUUAACCAAGCUCCCAGAUUUAGGGCACACUACUAA